AUGUGUAGUAGCUGCCAAAUCUACGCUAUUUUGUUUAUACGGUGCCAUCCUUGCCCAACUAAACAGUCAUCUUGGUCGAGUUCAAAUACCCGGAACGAUGCUUCCUGCCGAAUCCAAGAAGAUGAAAGGUUCAGCAUUACCUUGCGCGAAUGCCGUUCGACGCCUACUAUCCCCUUCCAAUUUUUGGCAGAUCUUGCAUCCGUGCACUUACAAGACAAGGCUUUAAAUGGGUGUCUCGUAAUCGCUCAUUCAACUGUUUGGACGUGGAGCAAGCCCUACGGGCUCUGA